AACCCAUCAUUUGAGAACCCCAAUCCUUCGUCCAGCGCGCUUCUUCAAUCCAAUCCUUACUUAUUAACAAUUAUGGAGUAUAAAUCACAAUUAACUUCCCCUAUAAUCCCUCGUCUCAUCGUCCACGGUGGUGCAGGCAACAUCCUCCCCUCCAAUCUCCCCCCCGCAAAAUACAAACAGUACCAUGACUCCCUCCUCCGCAUUCUCUGCUCCGCCCACCAAUUCCUCACCCAACCCUCCUCCGACUCUCCAACUUCCGCCUUAGACGCCGUAACAUAUGCCAUCACGCUCCUCGAGGACAACCCGCUCUUCAACUCCGGCCACGGCGCCGUCUUCACCCGUGAUGGCAUCAACGAGCUCGAAGCCUCCGUCAUGGUAUCCAAAGGUAAGAAGAAGCGAGGCGUGGGCGUCAUGGGUCUCCAGCACGUCAAGAACCCCAUCAAGCUCGCGCGCGAGAUGCUCCUGCGCGGCGAGCACGACCUAGAAGGCGGCAACGGCGAGCAUCGAGGACCCAUGGCCUUCGCAGGGACGGGUGCACAAGGACAUUCGCAAUUGCAUCGUGUCAGCGCGGAGAGGCUUGCGAAGGAGUGGGGGCUGGAGAUUGUGGACCCGAGCUACUUCUUCGUUCAGGCGCGGUGGGAUGAACAUGUGAAGGGUCUGGAAAAGGAGGGGCGGGGCGAGGGAGUCGCGACGUGGGAUCAGGAGCACUUUUUCCCUCAGGGGACAUGUGGUGCCGUUGCGCUGGACGCAGAGGGCGUGAUAGCCGCAGGCACGAGUACAGGGGGCAUGACGAACAAAUUGACAGGGAGGAUCGGGGAUACACCGACGUUGGGAGCGGGCUUCUGGGCAGAGGAGUGGGAAGAGACAUCUUCUCACGCCGAAGCUCUCUCUCGAGCACCUGGACCACAACUAAUCUUGAGUGACACCCUGAAGGGUCUCAUAGCCGAUUGCUUCCCGAGUCUCACCACGUACACUCCUCUGCUGGCCGGAGAGCCUCUCCGCAAGGGCGGCGACCGCGUCUUCCGCUCAACAGGCAUGUCCGGCACCGGGAAUGGCGACUCCUUCCUCCGUUUGGCCGCCGUCCGCACCGCUUCUGCCAUCGCCCGCUACCGUCCCGCCCCGCUCCAAGCUGCGCUGACCGAGAUCACCGGCCCGGGUGGCGAGCUCGUGAAGAGCGCCGGGGACCGUUGGCGCAAGACGGGAGAGGGGGAAGGAGGCAUCAUUGGUAUCGAACUAACGGUAGUCACAGACGAGGAUGGCGAGAAGGUGAAACGAGCGACCAGCAAUAUUGUCUACGAUUAUAACUGCGGCGGUAUGUUCCGGGCGGCAGUGGGCAAGAACGGCAAGGCAGUGAUGCGGGUCUGGAAAGAGGGACAGCAUAGCGGGCUGGAAGCGUAUGAGGGAGAGGGCAAGGAAUACGAUGUUCGGGACUGGUUGGAUGAGAAGAGUGGGCUGAUCUGAAUACAUCAGAGUGAAAAGAACAAGUGAGAAUACACUCAGAUGAAUAGCCAGGCGAUCUCAAGAAUUCUCAUUUAGGGCCAGUCACCGAAGGUUGAUAUUCUGAUGGUGUUUUGUGGCUUCUAGAUACCCUCUUCCUUUACGCUUUCGCAAUCCGAGUUUCAGUUCGCAAUCUACAUAAAUCAACACUGCCCAGCGCCGCCCCAGCCUGUCUUUA